GUGUUCAUCGUCCACCAGCUACUGUUGUCUUGAUUUCUGGUGAUAUUGAUUUUGUAGGAAAACUAAAUGAUCUUCGUCAUCAAGCUGGAUUUCAAGUCAUUGUUAUACAUAAUAAACUAGCCAAAGAAGAAUUAAAAGCAACAGUCAAUGCUCAUUAUUCGUGGGAAGAAUUUACUGAAUCAUUACAACAACAAGAACUAAAUCCGGAAAAUAGAUCAACUGAUUCACAGUUAGUUUCGAAUGAUCGAGUAAAUUAUAAUACUAAAGCAGAUCGAAUGCCAACUCCAAAAUUAAGAGAAUCACGUUUAACGACAAAAUCCAAUUUAUAUGACAAAAAUAAUCCUCGUCAGAAUGAUAUUUUAUAUUCAAAACCUCCAGUCACGUAUCAACAUGUUCGAAGUGCAAGCCAAAAUUAUUAUCGAAACAAUCGUAAUCGAUCACGACAACGACAAAACAUUGGGCCUAUUAAGCCAAUGUUGACUUAUUAUGGUGGUAUUAAUACUCCUUCAACUGCUUCGAACUCAAUGGUUGCACCACAAACUCGAAUACGUCAAGGAAAUAGUACUAGUCGAUUAAAUCAAAGAAAUCAUUCUGCGUUUCGCUCACGUGAACGAAUAUCAUCACGUGUCGAUGAUGAUACAUCAAAAAAAGAGGACAAUUUAAUGUCAUGUCCUCAUUGUACUAAUGAAUUUAGUACGACUCAAGCACUUCGUGAACAUCAAAAGGAAAAAAAACACUUAUUCUAUUGUUCGGUCUGCAACGAUGGCUUCUAUGCAUCAUCUAGUCUAACACAACAUCAAGAUGCAAAAGGACAUUAUGCUUCAACGAAUAUACCUGAUCAAGACAAACUGCAAUCUAAGGCAGAUGAUAACUAG